CAAACCGUAGCGAAGUGCCUCUGGGAAAACUUCAUUGUUCAUUAUGGUUUUCCUGAAAAGCUCCUUAGUGAUCAGGGUGCUGAUUUCGAAUCAAAAACCAUUAAAGAACUCUGUGAACUUAUUGGCAUGAGGAAAGUGCGCACGACCCCUUACCAUCCCAGGGGAAAUCCGGUUGAAAGAUUCAAUCGCACUCUUCUUCAGAUGCUUGGAACACUUGAUAAGUCAGAUAAACUCCGCUGGAAAGACUUUGUCAAACCUCUGGUACAUGCUUAUAAUUGUACAAAGAGUGAUGUGACUGGAUUCUCCCCGUAUGAGUUAAUGUUCGGGAGACAACCCAGACUGCCCAUUGACUUGAUCUUCAGAUUGUCCACCAAUGCUAGUAAGCAGACUCAUUCCCAGUAUGUUGGCAAUUUAAAAUCUCGGCUGGAAGAAAGUUACCGUAUUGCUACUAGUAAUGCAGCAAAGAAUGCAAGUCGCAAUAAAGCCAGAUUUGACCGGCGAGUGAUUGAAUCAACCUUGCAAACAGGAGACAGAGUUCUCGUACGAAAUGUGAAGUUGCGUGGAAAACAUAAAUUGGCAGACAAGUGGGAGGAGGAUGUUUAUAUUGUCCUCAAGCGAGCUGGAGAAAUGCCAGUUUAUACAGUCAAACCUGAAAGUAAAGAUGGACCAGUGCGGACUCUGCACAGAGAUUUACUUCUGCCAUGUGGAUUCCUGUCAGCAGCUGCAGAACCUGAAACAGUCAAACCUCGUCCAAACAAGAGACCCAGAACAAGACAAUGUCCAGUCGUCGAGAGUGAAGAGGAGAUCAUUUCAGAUUUGGAUGAUGUACCUGAUUGGACAUUCUUCCCUCGUAUUACAUCAAAACCUGAUGCAUAUGUUGUAGUGCCUGAAACUCACAAGUUGAGUGAGCCUCCUUGUGCAGCCCAGAAAGCAGCAGAAACAGAGGAGCCUGUAGUUUCCCUCUCACCUGAUGCUCCAGCAACUCAGUCCCUUGUAGGACAUGGAAGUACUGGAGAUAUUCAUGGUGCAUCAAGUGUCAACUUACCUGAAAGUGUCAACUUACCUGAAAGUGUCAACUUACCUGAAAGUGUCAACUUACCUGAAAGUGUCAACUUACCUGAACGUGACAACUCACCUGAACAAGCAGACAUUUUACCUGAACUGAGCUCAGUUAACAGAUCUCCUCAGUGUUUGGAUUUACAGCAGUCUGAGGAAACUCCUCCAGAUAACGAGAUAAGCUCAGAUGCAGUAAUUGAUAAUGGGUGUUGUGAUGCGAAUGCACCUGUUACUGCCCAGCCUGAACCCUUAAAGUUUCAAACUGAUGGACUUCAAGAUGAUUACAGAAAGCUGAAUCUACAGACCAUUAAGGACGCCUACGCUCUUCCAAAACUGGAAGAUGCUUUCACUGCACUUGCCGGUUCCAAGUGGUUCUCCGUCCUGGACCUCAAGUCAGGUUACUACCAAAUCCGCCACUCUAAGAGGGAACAUAAGAUUCAGGCACUGGAUGGUCAUAACCUCAACCACACCAGCUCUGAGACCCUGCCUGUUAAGAUGACUAUUGGAGAAAGGAAUUAUGAUGUGGGCGAUAGGGAACUGUUGGCGGUUAAGCUGGCUUUGGAUGAGUGGAGGCACUGGUUGGAAGGAUAUCACCCUCAGACUGACGGUCAGACRGAGAGAGCCAAUCAGGAGCUGGAGACCCGCCUAAGGAUCCUGUGUGGCAACGAUGCUACCGAGUGGGCUACCAAUCUCCCCYUGGUCGAACAUGCACUCAACUGCCUGCCAUCAAGUGCCAUGAAGCUGUCACCCUUCUAUGUGGUGUAUGGAUUCCAGCCGCCUGUGUUUUCUGCCCAUGAACGAGCAGCCCAGGUCCCCUCAGCCCAUCAAGCAGCCCUUCGAUGUCAGAGAGCAUGGAGAGCGGCCAAGAAGGAACUGUUUAAGUCAACCCUCAUAGCUACCAGAACCACCAACAGGCAAAGAACUCCUGCCCCCCAGUACCAGGUGGGCGAUCGAGUGUGGCUCUCUACCAAGGACUUACCGCUGAGGGUAGACUGCCGUAAACUGACUCCUCGUUUCAUGGGACCCUUCCCCAUCUCCAAGGUGAUCAACCCGGUGGCUGUCAGACUCAGACUCCCAGGCUCCAUGYGUGUUCAUCCCACGUUUCAUGUGUCCCGGGUCAAGCCUGUCCAAYGGUCCADAUUUUUGCCCUCCUCCAGACCCCCUCCUCCYGCCCGASUCAUBGAUGGUGGYCYRGCRUACACAGUUCACCGCAUCCUCAAGUCCCGUCGUAGGGGACGUGGCAUCCAAUACCUCAUCGACUGGGAGGGAUUUGGCCCAGAGGAAAGAUCUUGGGUCCUAGCUUGCCAUGUCCUAGAUAAGACCCUCACCAGGAACUUCCAUAUAAGUAACCCCAGUCAGCCAGCACCAGCUAGAGGUCCGUCAAGAGCUGGACCUUGA